AUGUUGGCAGACGAAGACGAUGGAUUUCAAAUCGCGGAAACUCUUGUUGUUGAAGAAAAAGAAGAGGAAAGUGAGGCUUGCAAAAAAGUGAGAGAAUAUUUGAGCAAACGAUAUGAGGUGAGAAGAUUGAAUUUUGUAAUUAGCCUGAGAAAAAAUGGAUUUUUUUAGAUUCAUCUUACUGAUACCAGAAUUAUUAGAGGAACUUUGAAUUGUACGGAUAAAGAUGCGAAUAUGUUGUUUUAUGAAGUGGGUUUGAAUGGGGGAAAAUCUGGAAAACUUCUAGAUUUUUUUGAAGCGGAAGAUUGAGAAACCUGAAUUUUUGUUCCCAGAAAAUUUGCGAUUCAGCAGAAAAAAUUUGGAGUGAUUUUUCAGCUGCGAAAUUUUCUUCAGGAAAUUAAAUUUUUUUUUUCUAAUCUCAAUUUUUCAUAUUUAAAUUUUAUUAAAACUUCAAAAAAAAAAAAAUUAAAAACAUUUUUCUUCAAGUUGAAUUUCAGAAAAAAAUGUCCAAAACUCACACAUUUUUGAAAUUAAACCUGAUUUUUAAAAAGUUCUAGAAUCUAAAAUUCAUAAAAUCCUGAAAAUUCCGAAGAAUGUUUUUUCAUAUGAAAAUUCUGUGUGAAAUUUACCACAUUUUAUUUUUAUUAAAAUUUCAAAAAAAAAUUUAUAAAUUUUUUCAAGUUGAAUUUCAGGAAACAUUUUUCACGAAAAAUUGUAGUUUUCAUUGAUUUUCACCUGAUUUUGAUGGAAAUUUGCACAAAUCAAGCGAAAAAUCAAAACUGAAAAAAAUAUUUUUGGGGAAAAAUUUUCAAUAUUUUGAAUUUCAUGUCCCCCCUCCUUUCCACAUAAAUAUUUCUAACUAUUUUAUACAUAGUUGCACUUUUUUCGAACAAUAUCAUAAAUAUAUCGAUGACACACUCCCUUUCCAUUAUUUACACUUAAAUAUUAGUCAUCUCCGGUAAAUUGAACACCAUCCAUAGAUAAUACUAUUGACAUUUGUAUGAUAAAUAUUUUACAGUCGGACGAAAGAUGGCCGGAAGGCGAGACUCGAUGGCUUGGACAAGCUAUGAUUGCGAAGAAACAUGUGAUUGCGAUGUAUGAAAUUAAACCCGCACAAGAAACAUCGAUUUGA